AUGCUUCCCGAAGUCGCCUCCACUUCCCCCACCCGUCGCCUCCACUUCCCCCUCCCAUCGCCUUCCCUUUUCCUUCCCGUCGCCUCCACUUCCCCCUCCCGUUGCCUCCACUUCCCCCUCCCGUCGCCUCCACUUCCCCCUCCCGUCGCCUCCAGUUCCCCCUCCCGUCACCUCAACCUCCCCCUCCCGUCACCUCAACUUCCCCCUCCCGUCGCCUCCACUUCCCCCCCCCCGUCACCACAAGUUCCCCCUUUCCCCCUGUGUGGUCCAUUUCCCCCUUUGCUCGCCCCUUCAUUCCCCUGCUCACUCCCUUGCCCCUUGAACACACUCUUCCCCUCUGCUCACUCCCUUGCUCCCUGUGUGCUCACCCCCUUCUCCACCCUGCUCACUCUCUUUCCCCCUAAUCUCACCCCCUUCUCCACCCUGCUCACUCACUUUCCCCCUUUUCUCACCCCCUUCUCCACCCUGCUCACUCUCUUUCCCCCACUGCUCACCCCUUUCUACACCCUGCUCACCCCUUUCUACACCCUGCGCACUCUCUUUCCCCCUUUCCUCACCCCCUUCACCACCCUGGUCAUUCUCUUUCCCCCUUUGCUCACCCCCUUCAACACACGGCUCACUCUCUUCCACACUUGCUCACCCCCUUCUACACCCAGCGAUCUCUAUUUCCCCUACAAACACCCUCCCUGUCCCCCAGUCCUACCCUCCCUUUCCCCCCCUCCACCUCGUCCUUCCCCGCACUACCCUUUCCUUUCCACCACACCCGCCCGUCCAAUCCCCCACUUCCCCCGAUCCAAUCCCCCACUUCCCCCCAUCCAAUGCCCCACUCCCCCCCGUCCAAUCCCCCACGUCCCCCCGUCCAAUCCCCCACGUCCCCCCGUCCAAUCCCCCACGUCCCCCCGUCCAAUCCCCCACUUCCCCCCAUCCAAUGCCCCACUCCCCCCCGUCCAAUCCCCCACGUCCCCCCGUCCAAUCCCCCACGUCCCCCCGUCCAAUCCCCCACGUCCCCCCGUCCAAUCCCCCACGUCCCCCCGUCCAAUCCCCCACGUCCCCCCGUCCAAUCCCCCACUUCCCCCCGUCCAAUCCCCCACUUCCCCCCAUCCAAUCCCCCACUUCCCCUGGUCCGCUUUUCCCACAGCACUAGGGCCACACCACCUUUCCGACCGUGCGUGCCCUCCUAUCUUGCAGCGACCCAUUUCAUCCUAG